AUGACUUUGUCCGUAACUGCCUCAAAGUGUCCCAUAGUGACCACUGUACUUUCGUUUCUGGCAGCAAUUAAAGCAGUAGCUUCACUGCAAACAUUCGCAAUGUCUCUCCAGCAAAUCCAGGAGUCAAAGCAGCAAGUCUCUGCGAAAAGUUUGGUGUUUGGGUUUGGGGUCGGGAUUCGGGUUUGGAUUUUGGAUUUCGGGUUUGUGGUUCGAGGUUCGGGCUUACGGUUAUGGGUUUCAGGUUUCGGGAUCGGGAUUCAGGGUUCGGGGUUCAGCGUUCGGGUUUUCGGGUUUCCUUGUUUUUGGGGUUCGGGUUCGGGAUUCGUGAAUCCGAUUUCGGGUUUUCGGGUUUCCUUGUUUUUGGGGUUCGGGUUGGGGGUUCGGCGUUGUGGGUUCGAGGUUGUGGGUUUGGGGUUUGGGGUUUGGGUUUCAGGGGUUUCGGGUUUGGGGUUUGGGUUUGUGGUUUGGGUUUCGGGUUUGGGGUUCAGGGGUUUCGGUUUUGGGGUUCAGGGGUUUGGGGUUCAGGGGUUUGGGGUUCAGGGGUUUGGGGUUAGGGGUUCGGGGUUCGGGGUUCGGGGUUCGGGGUUCGAGGUUCAGGGUUCGGGGUUCGGGGUUUACGGUUUAGGGUUUAAGGUUCGGGGUUAG